AUGCCUUCAUCUUCUCAGCAUCCUGCAACUCCAGUUGCCUCUCCUCGCAAGGCAGCGGACCCAAAGGACGCCGUCAUGGGUAUCGUUUAUUCUGCUUGGGAGGCAUUUCGUGAGGCAGAGCCCCUCGACCCAGCCAUGGACUUCGAGUUUCUCAUACGCAAGUUCCUUUCUGCUGUGGAUCUGAGCCCCCCUCUGGUGACUGAGGCUUCUGCUCACAUGCCUUCUAAUACUGGGGAGGUCAUGGCCUCUGACUCUCUGACCGCUUCCACCGGCACUGAUGAUGCUUUUCUCUCUGUUGCUCUGACCUCUUCUUCUGUAGUAGCUGCACCUGUCAUGGCUCCUGCUGCUAUUGGUAUUCCUGUCCCAAAGUUUGAGUUCCAGGCCUGUGCAACAAACCCAGUUGCUAUCAACCCUCCUUCUGACUCUGGUGCUGUGGCUAUGAAAGUUGAUCCUCCACUUGCUACUGUGGUCACUGAAUCACCUUCCGCACAAGGCUCUGAGGUUAUUGAGGUCUCCAGCAAUGAUGAGGAUGACAGCAAUAGUGAUGAGGUCGAGUUCAUGAGUGGAAACCUUCUAAACCUCUCGCCAGUGCAUCCGAAGAAGGGCAAGGGUCACGGUCGCAAGUUCACCAAGGCUUCCAAAAUAACUACGAACUCGGAGGACCAAGUAUCUCCUGGCUUGGCAGAAGCUGUCUAUCGCUUGUUUGUGUUGCUACUGCCUUCUUUCCGACAAGGUGUCUCACACUUGCACAUUAACAAUUAUUCCAUGGAGCUCGAGCUCCUGCUGGACACACCGAUUGAUGAAUAUGAAACUGUGAUUGCCCUGGCCCCACACCUUCGUUCGGUCCAUACCUUGCCUGACACGCCUGAGCCCAAUGCCGAGUCCGAUGCUGAAGGCACACCUGAGGUUGUUACCAUCAAGCAAGAGAAGGGCACUGCUGGGCCUUCUCGUCAUAAGUUGGUGAUUCCUCUGCUGCCAUGUGGCCAAUUCAACAGGCCUCUCAAGUGUCCUCACUUCAACGACUCCGACCCAGAUAACAUCAUGAUGCAACAUGCCCACGCCAGCACCAUUGUUGUUCCAUCUACUAAGGUUCUCAAGCCACACUCGUCAAAAGGCAAGGCUCAUGCAAAGGGCUCUUUUAAAGCUGCGAUCAUAAAGUCAGAGCCAUUUAGCUCUUUGCCAGCCACCAUUGAGCCUUCCGAAACCAGUACACAACUUGAGUGGAUGAUCGCGCUGUUGCAGCAGCUUCACGAGAAGAAUCAGGCCUUGAGGGCUCGCAAGCCAUAA